UCAGAUCGUCUGGAAAAAUAAAGUCUCAGACAGUUGAGGUUGACGAUUGCUUCAUCUUGUUUGUUUAUAGGCGCUGGCUCGGUGACGACUGCGUGAGCGAGUCGACCUCAAAGCGCGAGCGUAAGCGCUCGAGAGAGCAGGAGAAGUGUCCGGGCAAACGUGGAGUCGGUCCGCGGUCAUGGCGUCUCUUGCUGCCCCGGGAGCCGCCUCUAGUCCCAUGGUUAUUCUCGCUCCGAAGACGAAAACUAAGAAGAAGCACUUUGUGCAGCAGAAGGUGAAGGUGUUCCGGGCCAGUGACCCGGUUAUCAGCGUCUUCAUGUGGGGUGUCAAUCACUCAAUCAAUGAUCUAAACCAGGUUCCAGUUCCUGUCAUGUUGCUCCCAGAUGAUUUCAAAGCAAACACCAAGAUCAAAGUGAACAACCAUCUCUUCAACAAAGAAAAUCUUCCGGGACAUUUCAAGUUUAAAGAAUAUUGCCCUCAGGUCUUCCGAAAUCUUAGAGAACGCUUUGGCAUUGAAGAUCUGGACUACCAGGUGUCUUUGACCCGCAGCCCACCGACCCGAUGCACGGACGACUCCGGGGAGGGAAUCCUCCUCAACUCUUAUGACCGCACUCUUGUCAUCAAACAGAUUUCCAGUGAGGAUGUGGCUGACAUGCACAACAUCUUGUCCGAGUAUCACCAACACAUUGUCAAGUGCCAUGGCAGCACCCUCUUGCCCCAGUUCCUCGGGAUGUACCGGGUCAGUGUGGACAGUGAGGAAGCUUAUCUCAUUGUCAUGCGGAACAUGUUCAGCCACAGACUCGUGGUCCACAGGAAGUAUGACCUGAAGGGUUCCCUGGUGGCACGAGAAGCAAGUGAUAAAGAAAGGGUGAAAGAGCUUCCUACCUUCAAAGACGUGGACUUCAGGAACAACAUGCAGAAGGUUUACGUCACCGAGGAGCAGAAGGAGAAGUUCAUGGAAAAACUCAAUAAAGAUGUGGAGUUUCUAGUGAAGCUGAAGAUCAUGGACUACAGUCUGCUGCUGGGCAUCCAUGACACCGGCAGAGCUGAGCGGGAGGAAGACGACGGCGAGAAGGUGGAAAAUGAAGAGGAGCAGGAGGCAGAGAACGGCCUGGCCCCCGGCAACACGGUGGGCUCUUACGGCACGUCGCCUGAAGGCAUCGCUGGAUACAUGUCGUCCUGCAAGCCUCUGGGCCCCGGGGAGUUCGACCCCUACGUGGAUGUCUACGCCGUCAGCAGCUGCCCAGGAGCUCCUCAGAGGGAGGUCUACUUCAUGGGCCUGAUCGAUGUCCUGACUCAGUACGACACAAAGAAAAAGGCGGCUCACGCGGCGAAGACAGUCAAGCAUGGGGCGGGCGCUGAAAUCUCCACCGUGCACCCGGAGCAGUACGCCAAGCGCUUCCGGGAUUUCAUCUCCAACAUCUUCGCCUGAAGCUCCUGCUGCAGGGCCACGGCGCGGAGAAGACCAAAUGUCGUGUGUGUGCACACCUUUUAAACCUUCAUGUUCUAGCAGCCUAUUUAUUGAAAGAAUCCAAGUAUUUCCUCCUUCUCAACGACAGGAGCUGGGUGAUGUUGAGUAUGUGACGUACAUUCCAUUGUGAUUUGAAGCCCGUGUGUCUGCUUCCUGCCCUGAGCUCAGCCGCGUGUGUCUGCUCACCGUGCCAGAGGGAAGAGCAGCGGAAGCGUUUCACAACAGGGCAGACGCCUGUGUGGUAACAGCAGCCUUGGCUUGUGCAAGGGCUCGCCGCCCAUACUUUUAGUGGAAAGUAGAGAGGGUGUUUUCACAGGUACUUGAGGGUGGAGCAGGCUUGGGCGUGAGUGAGGGGUGGGUGACGGGGAUAGUUUAAGAACCUUCUAAAUAAUAAAUGAUUUCUGUCUUUACAUCUCUCUGGUCUGUAUGUAGCAGCAGGGUGUUGAGCGUAGCCGUUUCCAUCAGGUCCCACUGGCCUGAUCUCACUUACUUUAGGAGAACCACCAGGCUCAUGCCGUUCCUCAGCAACGCACACCAUUCUGCAGAGAAGAGAGUAGAAUAUAUGUGUUCUAGUGCCGCGUUUGUUGUCCAGGACUGACCGUUUUCAUUUGAUGUGAUUUUGUGCGUGGAACUGCAGCCACUGUGACAUGAUCCUCCACAGAGCAGCUCAGUCUUACGCUCAGCUCAUCUCGCCACAUCCUCCUGUUGUAUUUUUGCAAAUCACCUUUUGGAAUGAAAUAUAUUUUACAAAGAACAUGAAUCCCAUGUUUUCUUCUUUGUCCAUUGCU